UGUUAGCUGGAUGCUCCGUGCUUCCUACCUACCGCAGUGUCGACCCGGAACAAGAAAUAUCGAUAACUGUGAUAUCACAGCGCGUCUAAGGUCAGAUUCUCUCUCUCACAGCCAUCUUGGAUCCCGAGUCCUGACCUAGCAAACAUGCCCGGUGAAGCCACAGAAACUGUCCCAGUGACAGAGCAGGAGAUGCAGCAGCCACAAGUGGAGACGGCCACACCCUCUGCUCCUGCCGCAGCUGCUGCAGCUCCUGCCAAGCCCAAAGAGGGCAAGGCUGGACAUAAGUUGUCCUCCUCCCCACGGUCCACUGCCCCUAAACCUGUCCCUUCUGGUAGAAGAAAACGUUCCUCACUGUCUGCUUCCUCUUCCUCACCUACCUCUCCCAAAUCUUCUUCUGGUCCUCGUGGUACCCCUACUCUUUCUCCUUUGGCUUCCCCUCUGGCUUCCCCACCAGUUGGCUCUCCAGGUUCAAGUCAUGGAGACAUGGCUGCACCCAAAGUGGUCAAGGCCAAACCUGUGAAGCCCAAGAAGACUGAGUCCUUUAAGCCUGUUAGGUCAGAAGUCCCAGCUGCUGCACCAGAAGUUUGUGUCACUGCCCCUCAGCCCCCCAUUUUGUCUGCUCCAGCUGAGUGCAAAGUAGCUGAAGUUGAAGCCAAACCAGUUGAAUCAAAACCUUUAGUGCCUGAGGCUGAGCCAGUUGAGGCCAAACCCAAAGUAGUUGAGGCCAAACCCAAAGUAGUUGAGGCCAAACCCAAAGUAGUUGAGGCCAAACCCAAAGUAGUUGAGGCCAAACCCAAAGUAGUUGAGGCCAAACCCAAAGUAGUUGAGGCCAAACCCAAAGUAGUUGAGGCCAAACAAGUUGAACCUAAGCAGGAAGUUAAACCCAAAAUAGUUGAGGCUCUGCCUGUAGACAUUGAGGCCAAACCAGUUGAGGCCCUGCCUGUAGGAGUUAAACCCAAAGUGGUUGAGGCUCUGCCAGUAGAAGUUAAACCCAAAGUGGUUGAGGCUCUGCCUGUAGAAGUUAAACCUGUAGUGGUUGUGGCUGAACCAGUUGAGGUUAAACCCAAAGUGUCUGAGGCCAAGCCAAUCGAAGUGAAAAAAAAAACAUCGUUUCCUCUCCCUGAUCUGCCAUCCUCUCCCAAAACGGCAACUCCUGUGUCAUUCAAAAUUACCUCUCAACCAGCUGCUCCAGCUCCCAAGUCUUUUGCUGAAGCUGUGGCUUGUAGUCCACCUAAAAUGGCACCGGUGUCUCCCAAGAUUGCCCCUGAGCCUCCAAAAGUUCAACCUGUGCCUGUGGUGGUUGCUCCACCAACUGAGACAAAGCCUGAGGUCAAGCCCUCAGUGGUCGCACCUCUCCUUGAUGAUGAUGAUCUUCCCCCACUUAUCCCCCCUGAGAAGCCAGUUACUAUGCCUGUCUUCCAGCCCCCAACAGUUGAGCAGGCUCCACCUAAGGCCACUCCUGUUGUUGCCACUGUAGCACCCCCAGAGGCUGCCCCUGCACCUGCCCAGAAACAUGUAGCAGCACCUGCCCCAAAGCCUACACCUGCUCCAGAACCUGCUCAAAAGCCUACUCCUACACCUGUAGCUGCCCCAAAGCCUGUGCCCACUCCUACCCCAGCUCCCACUAAAGCCCCAUCAAAACCGGAGCCUGUGAUCAAGAACGACAAGGGGUCUGGUACUGAAUCCGACAGCGACGAGUCUGUGCCUGAGCUGGAAGAACAGGAUUCCGCACAGACACAGACACAGCAGGCACAGCUUGCAGCUGCUGCUGAAAUCGAUGAGGAGCCAGUCAGCAAAGCAAAACAAAGCCGAAGUGAAAAGAAGGCCAGAAAGGCUAUGUCCAAGCUGGGUCUCCGCCAGGUGACUGGAGUUACCAGGGUAACCAUCCGCAAGUCCAAGAACAUCCUGUUCGUCAUCACCAAACCAGACGUGUACAAAAGUCCCGCUUCAGAUACCUACAUUGUGUUUGGUGAGGCUAAGAUCGAGGAUCUGUCCCAGCAAGCCCAGCUGGCGGCUGCAGAGAAGUUCAAGGUGCAGGGAGAGGCCGUCUCAAACAUCCAGGAGAACACGCAGACGCCCACCGUACAGGAGGAGAGCGAAGAGGAAGAGGUUGAUGAGACUGGGGUCGAGGUGAAGGACAUUGAACUCGUGAUGUCACAAGCCAACGUAUCGCGGGCAAAGGCUGUACGGGCCCUGAAGAACAAUAACAAUGACAUCGUCAAUGCCAUCAUGGAACUGACGAUGUAGGAGGACUCCAGUCGGGAUUGAAAUGAGAUGUUGCUGAUUUAAUCUACUAUUAUUUGUACACUUUAUACCCAAGCGAAAUAAAGGUGUGGCUUGACAAAAAGUGAA